UUUUGCGCCCCUUUUGUGGUUGUCGUUUUGCGUGUGUGUGUGUGUUUGGGGGUCUCCCGCAGUCAAGGGCGCAUGCUGUCGGUCCCCUGCGGGUGCUGCGGGAGGAGGUGGGCUGCCUCACGCCAAGUGAUCAGCAGGGGAGAGGCUGGCGGCGGCGGAAGCGCGCGAGGGAGGUGACAGACGCGGGGAGCAAGAUGCUGCAGGGUCGCGUCACCUUCCUUGUGCACGCGCUGAAGCAGAAGGAGCUUCAGCGCAACGAGGCGCAGCUCGACCGGUUCGAGGACCAGAUAACCGUCGACACGCAGCGGCUGGAGACGACGUCGCGCAGGAGCACGCACCUUGAGCAGACGGUGAGUGAGCUGCAGCGGACAAACGAGGAGCUGCGGGAGGAGCUCGGCGUGGUCAAGGCACGCGUGUUGUUGGUCCAUGCCGAACACCCGACCUCGCAGCACGGCGCAAGGGAGCCCAGCCUCACACCAACCCCGACGCGGGGCGAAAACGAGGAGCGUGCGGCACCUGCAGCGCCGCCGGCAGCCACAAGACGGCCGGCGGCAAAGCGGGCACGCUCCAGCAGGUCUCGGACGUGA